CCCAACACUCCCAGGCAGCCCGUCCGCCCACAGCCUGGGGCUUAGGCAGAAAGCUGACCUUGGCCAGGCCCCUCCCCCCAGGCCCGGACGCAGCUGAGCCCCCUUCUCGGCCCCUAGCAUCAAAGGCUUCCUGCAGCUGCACGGAGCACCCCACCCCCGGGGGCCGGGAUUAGGACGCUCAGGUAUCCGGGCCCUGCCCAUGGCGCCCAAGCAGGUGCUGCCACCGCACCUGGCAGGUGUGGGCUGAGCGGAGCCGCAGCCAAGGCUUUGGAGGGUGAAGGCCCAGCCCGGGCCCGGGUGGGUGGGCCACCUGGCAGACCAGCAACACCUCCGGCCUUGGUCCGAGGUCCAUGGCCCCGGGUUUUCUGGCUCUGGGAAAGCAGGGAGCAGCCUGGGCCGGCCUGCGGAGGGCAAGCACCCAGGUCUGUCCGCGUCCCCGGGCCGAGGCACACCUGGGCCUCUGUGGGCAUCUUACCGGACAGUGCUGGAUUUCUCGGCUCGACUCUAACACUGUCUGGUAACGAUGUUCAAAGGUGACCCAUCGCCAGCCAGGAAGUGGCCCGAGGACGUGCGUCCUGAGCUCCUGGACUCAGGGCCGGCUAGGGGAUGAGCAGAUGGCAUGUCUCAGCUCCGGGCACAGGGCCGGGUCUGCCACAUCGGGGCCCUCCGUGCCUCCCCAAGUGACCUGAAGGCUGGCCUGAAGGCUGGCCUGGCGGGGACCUGGCCGCUCCCUCCGCGCAAGGGUUGGGUUGGCCCUUUCACUCAACAGAACGGCCGUCGGGCACAGUCAGCAGCCACAUGGAAAUGCACUGUCCAGCUGGCAUGGAGCUGGCAGCCGGCAGCCCUCGCCUCUGCUUCCUGGCCCCUCCAGUCCACCACUUGGGGUCAGACAUCCGCCACGCUGUCCCGGGCACCCCCGCCACAGCACCAUUGGCUGCUGACCCUCUGCUGAGAGUCCCCAGCUGACAAGGCGCUGGUUUCUCUUACUCCACAAAGGGGGUCGCACUCGCUCAGCCCACUGGGGACACAGGAAGGACAAGAGUGUGUCCAGGUGCCUGGCUCCCGCCCACUGGCCAGUGCGGUGGACGUUCUGUGCUGCUCUCCCUGCCCCAGUCCCCACAGUGUCACAGGUGAGAUGGAGAACACGGCCCCUGUCCCAAAUCAGUGAGGCCAGGAUGGCCCUUUGUUUUAUCUUUCUGAUGUGACAGCAGCCAGGUUCAGCCGACACAGGCUCAGGGGUGGCACUUGUGCCCUGGGCCCCAGCAGCUCUUCUCAGCGGGGGGUUCUGCUCACCCUGGCUGUGGCUCAUUAACCAACGAAGGCCUUCCAGGAAGCUGAGAGGGCGCUGCAGCUACCUUGGCCCAGGAUCAGGAGCAGGGGGGCCAGCCUGCUCCCCAGCUGCGCCCACAAAAGUGUGUGCCUCCAGGGCCGCUACCCAAUGGGGUCUCGGGAGAGCGCUCCUCGGCACAGCCCUAGGCCAGGCCACUGGGGCCUCUGGGACCUCUCCACAGACGGGAGGAUCUGGGGUCUCGCAACCUGCUGAGCCCUCCUGCUUCCUUGGGGCUCCUGCCAAGGGACAGGCAGUGGGGGAGGCCGGGCCCUCCAGAAGGGCCACCAGAUGAGACUGCCGCCGAUGGGUGUCUUACCAGGCACGGUUAGAUCUGGUUCUUCUGUCUAAUACUGUCUGGUAAUGCCGUCCAUUCCCGGCCCGACUGCCGCCCGAGGAGGGCCCCUCGCUGGACGCCGCGUGGAGGGGAGGCCAGGGGCCCAUCGGACCCAGCAGUGGCCCUGAACCGACAGUGCACUCCUGCCCAGGCCCAGGCCCUCGUGGGCCCCCAGGGCACAGGCCACCCCAUGACCUCCCAGCCCCCGUGGCCCUGACCCGGGGCGCCCCGGGACCCCAAGGUGGUCUUUCUAUCACAGACACAAAGGACUGCUGGUGAAAUAAAGUGUGUGAGGCUUCCGUGCAUGACAGGUGUGCGGGUGCGGGGGCCUGCGGGGCCCCACGCUGAGGGUCUGGGCAUAGGUGCUGCAGCCGCUGGGCCGUUGGCACCACCACUGGGCCAGGAGAGACCUGGGGGCCACAGGUCUGGAGCCCCUCCGGAAGCCUCUCCGGGGGGUGACCUCGUCCCUUGCUGCCCCCACCUAUCCGGAGGGGGGAGGAGGAGAGGACUUUAGAAAAGCAGCCCCGGCCCCCAACUCCCAGCCCAGGCCACGGAAGAGCAGCCUCUGCUGGCAGCGGCCCCAGAGACAGCCCGGACCACACUUCCCCCGCCCCAGGCGGCACCAGGACCCUGGAGGGCGCUGGGGGUGGAGACCCCACAGGUGGGGCCCCUCUCCUCCCUUCCUCCGGGUCUCCGCAGGUGCCGGGCCAGGCCAUCAGACCGUGCCCCACCCACACUGGGCGGAAGGCCAGCAGCCCUCAGGCCCGCCCUGCCCUACCCGCUGGGGCUCAAGAUGGCCUGUCGAACGCUGGCUCCCAACCCAAACUUCCGGAUGCUGGUGCCACUGCCGGCCUCGUGACCACCCCCCCCCAGCCCCUCCCUCCCCCUGAGAAUUCCAAGCAGGUCCUGGGUCCCAACCCAGCUUUACAAAAAAGGACUGGCUGGUGCCUCGGACCCAGGGCUCUGAGGCCAGAGUUGGGGCAGAAGGACCCCUCUGUCCUCCGUCCUCCCUGCCCCCUUCGGGCCCCAGCUCUCUUCUGAGCGCCCUCUGAGAGCCAGGGCAGCUCCAGACCCUGGGGAUGGGAAGGCCCUGAGGGAACCAGAUGAUGAGGAGGCUUGGGGACUGGACACGUCAGAGCAGGGGUUGCUGGCGACCCAGAGGCCGGAGUACUAGGGAAGGAGCAGGGCGUGGGGUAGGGUGAAGGUGACCCAGGAAGGCCUCUCUGAGCAGGCAACCCAGCAGGGACCAGCCGGAAGCCAAGCAGAAGGACCUAGAAGCCAGAGGCGGCCCAAGUGCCAGUGAGAAGGGCUUCCUGGUACAGCCCCAGCAAAGGUGCCAACUCUCCAGCGGGGGAGGUGGGCCUGACCUGCUGGGAGACCCCAACCACCAGUGCAGGAGGAUCCCUGCGCUUUUACCCAGAGCAGGGCAGCUGCCCAGUGUACCCGAGCCAAGUACAUCUAAGCCCAGAGGCAGCCUGGCCACCCAGCUGCCCUGGGGAGACGCGUGCGCCCUGCGGUUCUGGCGGGUUAAUGAUUGGCUGCCUUGCUCCAGGCUGUGGAGGCGACUGAGCACCCAGCCCCAGGCCAUCGUGGGAAAGGCCGCUGGGCUGGCACCCACACCAGUUUUUUGGGUUAUGAGGCAGUUUUUGAGUUUGAGGCUAGAUGUCAUGAUAUUGCCACUUGGGCAGCACCCCUCCCGGCGGUGGGGGGUAGUCACAGAGGAGCAGGGGGAGCCUCUGAGGGGCCUGGGCCUCGAGAAGUGAUGUGGGAGGGGGCGUGGGCUCCCGAGGGGCACAGUGCAGGGUCCGGGCUCAGGCUGAGGGAGAGCAAGUGGCCUGCCCACCCCAGGUCAGCUCCUAAGGUCAGGACAGCCCUCAUCAAGGACUUGGCUAGAGGAGCAGCCCCUACCCCCGGGGCAAAGCGUCUCAGCCACAGACUGGCAUGACCACACAGGCAGGCACGUGGCCGGGGUUGCGUCAGGCUCUGACCGGGGUCAGGAAGGCCUCCCCCUAGUGGGGGUUGCUGCACAGGACCCUCAAAGUUCGGAGGGGUAAAGGGGUGGAUUCACGUGCUGGGGUGGCCACAGCGAGUUACACAAACGCCGUGUGUUCCCUCAGAGUCCCCGACCAGGAGCCAGGCGUCAGGGCCGCACUCCCACCCCAGGCUCCAGGGAGGGUCCUGCCCACCUCUUCUGAAGCCAGGGCUCAGGGCCUCCCAGGUGUGGCCGCCUCCCUCCAGCCUACCCCGCCCCCGCCCCCCGUCUUCGGUCAGCCUGUCCCCUCUCUGUCUGCCUCCCUCUCGUGAGGACACUGGUCGCUGGAUGGAGGGCGCAUCAGCUAAAGUCCAUCGGCAAGGCCCGUCUUCCCAGUGAGGCUGCGGCCGCAGGUUCGGGGCUCAGGACGAGGACACACACGGGGACCGCGUCCACCCCACAAGAAGCACCCUGAGAAGAGACUCUGGUGACUGCAAGGCUUGGAGGGUGGAGGGGGCGCUGGGCAGGGCCCUGGAGGGGAGCCCCCUUCACCCCUUGGGGGGCGCGGUUUCACCAAGUCCCCGCCUCCUGGAUCGUGAAGUGCCGACUCCACACACUGGGGCUGUGACGAGGGGAGAAACACAGCAGGAAAAGCCCUCACACAAAACGUUAUGGGGUCAAGUCGGGGUCUGGGCCUGGCUCUGGGGGUUUUGAGAAGGCUCAGGAAUGCUCUGGGAGGAUGGAGGGCCCAGGCGGACCCCUUCUACAGUCUCAGUCGCUCCCCACUCCACCCCCGCCCGCCCCUGCGGUGCUAGCCUCCUGCCCCUCCCAAUCCACCUGCUCUCCUGGGGCUGUGGUUGCUGGGAGACGGUUGCCUGGUCACCACUGUUGUUUCCCGGGCAGAGGACUCACACCACCUGGUCGGGCAGGUAAGUGAGACAGGUGGGCCACCGGCAGGGGUCCAGACCCGGCACGAAGGCUGCGGCCUGCCAUCCAGUGCCCCCCACCGGGUCCCCCGGCCCCCAGGAGCCCUGCGGGUCCUCUCAGGACUCUGCCCAGGAGCAUAAAGGAGGCGUGGGAGGGGAGGGGAGGGGAGGGGCCACCUGGCUGGGCAGAGGCCCCCCUGCAGAGGGCCCACACCCCUAGGGCCGUGGCGUGAGGGGCAGAGACUCCCAGGCUGGGCUGAGAAGGUCAUGCUUCCCGGGGGUGGCAGCCCCUCAGGCCCAGCUCCUUUGCUCAGGACCAGGUCUGUCUCCCAGAGCCAACCCCCAGAAGAACGGCCUCCUAAAGUCCACGGGGAGCCACGUCCCCCCAGGCAGCUCACCCCCGGCCGGGAGGCACCAGCCCAUCCAGCAAGGUCAGCACCUCCUAGCGGCCCGUGUGGCCAAACGCGUGUUUCGGAGAAGGCUCCUGGCGGGACUCAGACGUCACCUCCACCCCUUGGAUGGUUCCUGCAGCACGUCUGGGGACAUCAUCCGCCGCGGGCGGCGCCACUGGUGCCCAUGUUUUGCCACCAUACAUAACACCCUGUGAACGUCGUUCCGCGUGAAGAUUUGUUUCCAUAUUUAGAACUGGUCCCUCCAAGAGUCUGAGAAACGCCACUGCUCAGCAGAGGCUCUCGGGACGUCGCUCUGAGCCCUGCGCCCGCCCGCCCUGCGCCCCAUGCUGUGGCCCCACCGGCCACACCCUGCAGCCCCAGCCCGGCGCCCCCGCCCGUGCGUGUCCCCGGGUCUUUUCCUCUUCUUAAUCGUUGCUGAUCUGAAUAACGAGAAAUGGCAGUUCACAACCUGUUUAAUACUCUUUGAAAGCAAUCAAACAUCUGGAGUUAAGACACGUCAAAUAGAGGCACAGGCUCAUAAGGCUUGUGUUGAAAGCCAGCGCCCCAUGCCCAUCUCCGGGCUCCUGUUUCUGGGGCGUGCCCACUGCAGCAUCUGCUGACACCACAGAAGUUACCCAUCAGUGUGGGGGGCACCCACACCACCCACAUUCACAGCACAGCACAAAGAACGCUGCCUCCAGGCUGGCCGCCUUGCUUGGCACUGGCUGGCCCUCUCAUCCUCAUCACCACCCGGGCCCUCCUUGAAUAGGCGUGACCAGGCAGGCGUCUGCGCAUGUCCCAUGCAGGAACUGUCUUCCCAGCAACCUCACCAGAAUGCUGUGACCCCUCCAGCCGGCCCCGCAGUGGGGACACGAGCACAGAGCUGAUCCAUGCCAAAGUCCCAGCUCCCCUCCCUGGGCCCACCCCUCUGGAGAGAGCCUGCCUCAGGAAUCCCCCGAGGGAGGUCUGGAGGUGUCACACCCCGCUGGCUGGUCCCACCCGGCCGGCUGGCUGGUGGCGGGAGCCUUGCCUCCUGCGCUGAGAUGUCUCCGGCUGGGUCCCCAGACUCAACAGUCACCCACUUCCUUCUGGAAUUCUCCUUUCCAGCCCAUUCCCUUGCCAUGAACUUCUGACCCUUCUCCCGUAUCCUGAGUUUCCAGAGCUCUGCCCCAGUCUCUGUCCCUUGGUUCUAACCGUCCCGCCCCCUGGCGGUGGAAGCUGGUCCCGCCUGGCAUGUCCCCAGGGCUGUUUCCCCAGCCUCGUCCCCUCUCUUCCUCUGAGCCUGGCUGUGUGUGUCUCUGUGUGUGUGUCCACCUCUGGCUCACACCUGGGGGCCUCCCUCAGAUGCCUGUGGGCGCAGUGGCCGCUCACGUAAAGAGCGCUGGGGGAUGGUGCUGACCAGCAUUCACGUGGGGGUCCCAUGUGCCGGCAGGGGGUGGGUCUCCCAGGCAGCAUGGAGAGUCACACACAGGGGCGCACGCGCACACACGCACCCUCCCUGCAGGCUCAGACCUGCCCCCCAGCCAAGCUGGCCCGGUCCAGCCCCCACAGAGAAGCCCUCCUGUUCUGGGGGGUGGGGCUGGGGAGGGGGCUCCGGGUCAUCCGCACAGCUCGGCCACCCUCGGCAGGGGUAUGAGACCCUCCCAGCGCCUGCUCAGCCCCCGCAGCCAUAGCGACAGCUGUUCCUGGUUUAGCCUCUUCUGUCCUAAGUGGAGACGAAGGUCUUGGGCAGCACCUCUGGGGUGACCAGCUGGUUUGUUUGCAAAGCGAGUGUCUUUGGAGAUCAGCCUGCUGGCACCUGGUUUGCAAGUGCAGGAGCCUCUCUGGCAGCCAACCCCCUAGGGUGCUGGCUUUCCACUGCUUGUGUUUCUUCAACCCUUCUAAAAGCUCUAGCCUCCCAGGCGGCCCCAAAAGGGGAAGACAAGGAAGGGCUACAGUUCCCUAAAAUGUUCCUGAGUUAGGCACCCAGGAGAGGCAGCCCGAAUGAGGCAUCUUCCUCAGGCAGGGCCGGGGGCAGCAGCGAGGACACUGCCUCGCCCUGACUCUAGGGGUGCCUGCUGAGAGGGCAUCACUGCCCGCAGGCCUGACCACAGCCCUCCUUACAGCCUGCACCGAGGCCAAGCACAGAGACACCGGCGCCCACCCGACCGUCCCUGCAGGGGCCUCAUCCCCAACAGCCAGGAUGCAGAGACGGCCCUGUCCCCAAGGGCCACCAGGCCCCACGGUCACCACGGAGGCCAGAGCCAUCCACAAGAGGAAGCCCUAAUGCAGGGUGCUGGGCAGCACCCCGCCCCAGGCGGGGUGAGCCUGACCGUGUGCCCAGCUCAAGGGCCAGGGCCAGGGCCACGAGCCACCCGAAGGUCCCGCAGAGGGGUGGGGGCCACAUCUUCCCAGGGGUGUCCUUGCCCUGGUGCCCCAAUCCCUGCAGCCUGUGGCCACACCCAUUUUGCCCACUGCCGGGCACUGCCCCCUCGGACCCAGGUUGGCAAGAAGAGAGGCAAGCGGUCAAGGAUGGCAGGGGUCCGGCGGAGCCACGCCCAGGUGCCAGGCUGGGCCCGUGAGAGAUCAAUGGGGAGCCGCCGAGAAGAGGGGCUCCUACACCAGCUGAGCCAACGGGGCAGAGAGGCAGGUGGGCUCAGCAGGGCCCAGGCAGGGGCAGAGAAGCCACCAGCUGGGCCAGAGCCUCCGACCACCCACCUGCCCGCAGACGACCUGGACGAGGAUGACGCUGCCACGCCCCAGGCCACCCUCCUGGAGAAGCACCCUCUGGCGGGGGAGAAGCGGCCGUCCAACAGCGGGCAGGGCCCCUUCUUCUACAUUGGAGGCACCAACGGGGCUUCAAUAAUCAGCUCCUACUGCAAGAGCAAGGGCUGGCAGCGCAUCCAGGACGCGCGGCGGGAGGACUACCAGCUGAAGUGGUGUGAGGUCAAGAGCAGGGACACGUACUGCAGCUUCCGGGAAGGCGAGCAGCUGCUGUUCCAGCUCCCCAACAACAAGCUGCUCACCACCAAGAUCGGGCUGCUCAGCACCCUGAGGGAGCGUGCGCGGGUCGUGAGCAAGACCAGCAAGCCGGCCCCCUGCCCUCAGGCCAGAUCCAGAAAGGACACGACACUGGCCCUCGAAGAGCCUGUGUGGACCAGCCCAGGAAACCUUGGGCCACAGAGGGUGCUAAAAAUGGAAGAAUUUUUCCCAGAGACCUACCGGCUGGAUAUCAGGGAAGAGAGAGAGGCUUUCUUCACCCUCUUUGAUGAAACCCAGAUAUGGAUCUGCAAGCCCACUGCCUCCAACCAGGGCAAAGGCAUCUUUCUGCUCAGGAGCCAGGAGGAAGCUGCUGCCCUCCAGGCCAAGACCCAGCGCCUCGAAGACGACCCCGUCUAUCGCAAGAUGCCCUUCCGGGCACCUCAGGCGCGGAUUGUGCAGAGGUACAUCCAGAACCCGCUGCUGCUGGACGGGAAGAAGUUCGACGUGCGUUCCUACCUGCUGAUCGCCUGCGCCGUGCCCUGCAUGGUCUUCUUCGGCCACGGCUACGCCCGGCUCACCCUCAGCCUCUACAACGCCCAUUCCAGUGACCUCGGUGGCCAUUUAACCAACCAGGCAAGUGCACCCCACAGACGAGGGCUUUCUCUGCAGCCUGGGACAAAAUCACUGCUCAAGAAUCCAGCUCCCGGCCUGGGCCGCCCUGCCUGCAGUCAGCACUGCCUCUCACCUUUGGCCACAGCCGGGCACCUGGUGAAAGCUGAGCGCCCUGCCCCCUGGCCCCCAGCUCAGCUCCCUCCGGGUGUGGACCAGGCACGGGCAGGGAUAGGAGCCGAGGGCCAGGGUUCUCUGCGAGGACCUCAGUGGAGGGAACCUGCGGGCAGGGGCCUCUGUGGGAGGGUCUCAUUAGGAAGAGCGGGUGGCGGCCCUUCCGGGUGCGGGGGUCUGCAGCGACUUCUCCGAGGCCGGUGCUGUGGGAGGGUCUCGGCAAAGCAGGGCCGCUGCAGGGUGUCCUGGGGAGCAGAAUCGCCAAGGACCCCUGGGUCUCUGGGUCAGGGUGAGGGUCUCUGCAGGCGCCCACCGUGGGGGCAGGGCCUCCAGGUGCUGCACUGUCCCCCAGUUCAUGCAGAAGAAGAGCCCCCUCUACGUGCUGUUCAAGGAAGACACAGUGUGGAGCAUGGAGCACCUCAACCGCUACAUCAACGACAAGUUCUGCAAGACCAGGGGCCUCCCCCGAGACUGGGUCUUCACCACCUUCACGUUCUUUUCAAGUGAGGUCUUCCAAGGAACCACAGGACACAUCACCACAAAGGGCCACGAUUCUUCCCAGACAGGGCCAUCCUGCUGUCUCCAGCCCUGAGCACGCAGGCUUGGAAGUGAGGACAAAAGUAGGGCAAGUUAAACUGCUACAAAGCUUGCUGUUGUUACCAAGAGUCAAGAUUUGGCUUGAAGACACCCUCUUCGGGCCACUGAACACCAGAGUUCCGAGAAGGUCGAUGCUGAGAGGCUGGGCCAGGUUUUGGUUGGUUGUAUGGAGCGGCUCGUCUCUGGGUGCCCUUCCUCUGCCAGUUGUGUGAUGCCCUCCCUGUCUUUCUUGAACCUGCUCCACAUGGCUUCUCCCUACUGUUUCCCUGAAAUGCUUGCAAGGCUUGUCAGUGACCUCCUUGGCACCAAACCCAGACACAGCCAACCCAGACACAGCCCCCCAUUCCCUGUGGCUUCCAGGACCUUGCCCCUCCCUCUCAGCGCCCCCCCCUCCCCCGGCUUCCCACCACUGCUCUCUGGAGGUCCAGGGCUUGGCCUGAAGCUCUGCUCUUUCAUCUGCACCCAUUGGCGAUGGACGUCUCCUGACUUUAAAUUCCAACUAUGUGCUUAAGAGUCCACAUCCAACAUCCAGCCCUGAUCGCUCCCCUGAACCUGAACCCUGGCCUAUAACACCCCAUCUGCAAGCUCACAGCUACCUCAGACCCCCACGGCCCUCUUCUCCUGGGCUGACGGGGGCUCCAUCCUUCCAGAGUCUCAGACCAAACACCUGGGAAGACCCUUCCUUCCUGCUUCAUCUUCUCCAUCAGCACGUGCGGUGUCACGCCCAGCACAAGGUGUCCGAUGGCUCACACGUCCCUCUUGUGUCUCUCUCCCCUGUGAGGGAGCUGCUCGAAGGCAGAGACCCCUCGUAAGCCCUCUCCACUCUCCCCCCAGUACCUGCCACACAAGAGGAAUCCACACAUGUGCUGCAGGAUAAAAUGAGAGUGAAGGGCUCUCUGUGAGCCUGAGACUCUGAAACGUGAACGUGUGGGCAGGUGUGGGAGCGCAGGCGAGGGGUGUCACUGUGGCUCUCCAAGCUUGGCGAGUAUAAUCAGGGCCCACAGGUGACACCAGUGACCCCUCCCUGCCCCAC